CUGUACCCGCCUGUCGUUGUCCUCAGCGGGCUCCGAUCCGCUUUGGCAGCUGGCGGCCAUCGCCUGGGAGCAGCAGUUCAGGUGUUGCCCAGCACACAGGCCCAAUGAGAGCUUUUCGGGCCGCGUUUCUGCAGACGGCCUAUGGCGAUGGCCGCGAUGGAACGGCGGCCACCCAAAUUCACCCAACAAAUGACAUUUUGCUGCAAAAGCGUGGCGGAGCCAAUCACGCACCGCAGCGUGCAGCCAAUGGACACCGCUCUCUUACCCAGCCACUGGCAGGGGCUCGGGGACUGGAGGACAUGGUACAGCUCUGCAAACUGCAUUCCUGCAGAGACAGCCCUCUGCGAGUUAAUUUUUCAGCACAACAGUCACCCGCGCUGUGAUUCAUUUCCCAGGAAUAACAAUGCCAUUCAUUGCCACGGCUGCCGACCCAGCAGACCUGCUGACGAGAGCCAGAGGGAUGGUGGUAGUUACGGGGCAGAACAAAGUGAGCGGAGACCCGGAUGAUGCCAUGUCGAGCUCAGAUGCAGAGGAUGAUUUCCAAGAGCCGGCCACUCCUACUGCAACCCAGGCAGGACAAGCGCUACCUCUGCUGCCGCAGCAGUUUCCAGAAGUUGUUCCACUAAAUGUGGGCGGCAUGUAUUUUACAACAAGACUGUCAACACUGAGACGUUAUGAGGACACAAUGUUGGCGGCUAUGUUCAGUGGAAGACACUAUAUUCCAACAGAUGCUGAAGGCAGAUACUUUAUCGACAGAGAUGGAACCUACUUUGGAGACAUACUUAACUUUCUACGAUCUGGUGACCUGCCGCCGAGGGAGAGAGUGAGGUCAGUUUACAAGGAAGCACAGUAUUAUUCCAUAGGACCCUUGCUAGACAAUCUAGAGGACAUCCAGCCUCUGAAAGGAGAGAAAGUCAGACAAGCUUUCCUGGGUCUGAUGCCGUAUUACAAAGAUCAUUUGGAACGGAUAAUCGAGAUAGCAAAGCUUAGAGCCAUGCAAAGAAAAGCAAGAUUUGCGAAACUGAAGGUGUGUGUCUUCAAAGAAGAGAUGCCCAUCACUCCCUACGAAUGCCCACAUUUCAACUCUUUGCGUUUCGAAAGGAGUGAAAGUGAGACAAAGCUGUUUGAACACCAUUGCGAAGUAGAUGUAUCUUUUGGCCCCUGGGAGGCUGUAGCUGAUGUGUACGAUCUCUUGCACUGUAUCGUGACAGACCUGUCUGACAGAGGGAUAACUGUGGAUCACCAGUGUAUCGGGGUGUGCGAUAAACACCUGAUAAACCACUAUUACUGCAAGCGUCCUAUCUAUGAAUUCAAAAUUACUUGGUGGUGAGUUAUUCUGUCGACAACGGUGCAGGGAGUAAAAGGACUUCUAGACGACAAUUGCUUUUAAUAUUUUUGCAACGUGUCUCUGGAAAUGCAUUGCUGCUAACGUAUAUCGGAAUCAGUCUGCUGGAAUGCUGGCUAACGCUUAGCUGCUCAGCGAAGGAGAACCUGUUCCAGAGGCUGGAAAACCUCCGAAAUCUUGAAAAACCAGCCUGAAACAAGACUGUUGGCUCAGGUACCUUAAUGAGGCACAAAACAAAACCACCUCAUGGAAACGAUAGAGAGGAGCGUGUAACAUCUUUUAGAAGGUGCCACCUACCAUGUGGCUUUAGUAUCACAGUCUGCAAAAUGGAUAUUGCAGAUCUCACCUGCAUUAUUAUAAAGCCGGAGUGCUAAUAAUGCUGACAUAACGUGGUUGAAUUCUACCCACUUAGAAAUGUUUUAGUCGCUACUUAAACUUUCCACUUUAUAAAAUUGAGUAACACCCAGCACAGAGAUUCUGGAAAUGUAAUUUUCAUGUAAUGGACCAUUUGAAACAAAAAAUAGAGGAGUAUGCCCUAUAUAUUAUUAAUUGUUAUCACGAUUAAGCUGUAUUUCUUUUUAAAUUAAGAAUUUGCAUUGUGAAUUAUUAUAUUUCAAUUAUUUCCAUUGUUAUAAAAAGAAAUAGCAGAUUUGGAAUAUAUUCCUAAAUGCUUUUAGGAAUAAUAACUGUUCAUGGAAGACUUGUGCCUGUUUUUAGCCUUAGACAUUCUAAAUGUUUACAGUAUCUAAAAAAAAGAAGCUCUAUAGAAUCAGGUCAUUUGCAAAGGCUUUUGGUAAAUGAGAAAACACUAUAUGUAUGUUCCUAUUAGCAGAAGCAAGAGGAAUAUUUAAUGUAUAUUAUUUCAUUACUGAGUCUUUUUACAUUCCGUGCCGUUAAACUUUGUUCUAGAUUUAGAGCUGAAUGAUGAUACUAGACAAGCACUUCCUUCACCUCACCUUCUUCAGUCAAUAAAUCUCAUUUUUAACAUCCCUGUUGACCCUUCUUGGUGCAAAACCAGGAAAAAAAAGAGUCAACCUUCAUAUUCAAAUAUUUCUCAAAUUACCAGCCAGUAUAUCUGAGUGGUAAAUUGAUUUCUACAAUAAGACAGCCCUUGCAGAAUCAUAUUCUUUUCCGAAGUUAGUUGUUGCACUUCUGACAUUAGUAACCGCAUCCCGAAGUUGAAUUCCUGUACAUCCAAAACUGAAAGGUAGAUGUAAAUAUCAGGGAAUCUUAAACCACAGUUUCUACGAAAAUUAUCUAAGGUGGCUACUUUUACACUUAAGACCCUUAAGUUCAGGUUGUCAGCAUCAGUUUAUUUAGAGACUACAAUGAGAAAUGCCAUUUUACUGGAUUAUUCAGGGUUUUUUUUUGCCACUUCCCAUAUAUGUAUUUACAUGAGACAACUCUGGUUUGUAUUUCAGCACUACUUAUAGAAAUGGAACACAGUCUGAUUUAACCGUACAUUUUUUGGUUUGUCUUUGAGAGUUUUGCCGCUGUUACUCUAGAGAAGCUGAUGACAGAAUUCCUGUUUUGAUCAUGUUUGGUAUUUUUUACUAUGCACAUACUGAUAUUUUACAACUAUUUCCUGUUUAAUGUUUAAAUAAGAAAGACUACCUAGCCGAAUAGAUGAAAAUCAAAAUAUUGGUCUGUAUCAGUUGAAUCUUAAUCAAAACUUUCAUCCUUGCGAUUCUCGAGGAGAGAGCAAACAUAAAGUGCAAUAUUGACAAAGCAAAUGUGGAUUUGAGCCAGCAAAUUUGAUUAAACACAUGCAUUCUGUGUUGUGAUUUGUGCAAGUUGACAAUAUUGUUAUUUUAUUGACUACACUUGUUCUAAGCAGUCUUUGUUUACAAUGAUUUAGAUGAUGUUGCCUAAUGUGUGUUCAUUUUUUGACAGAAACAGAAGAGUUGUGCAGGCGGAUGUCAGGGGAGUAUAAUCUAAUAACUGGUUUAUAUAACGUUAUUGAUUUAUCUUUUCUUGGUGUGUAGCGUAAUUUUUGAAAUUCUGCGUUUGCAACAAAAAUGUGAGUAGCUAAUUUACUAAAUCCAUGUUUAAGAUGAUUAAUGUUUUUGUAUAUCAUGAAUGCUUUAUAAUUGUCUAAUUAAACUAAAUGCCUAUGCAA